GUAGUUACCAGCCAAUAGUAAAAUGUUUUCUGCACAGCACAGAACACUUGCGAUGUGAUUGGUGUUUACAACGAAUCCCAUGAAUUUCCCGCUUUUUGGAAUGCUAUGGAAGCAUAAUAAUGCAUACGACGAAUAUAAAUAAUGGAUUGUGCGUGGUUUAAUUUAUAUUGUGUAUUUCUCGAAAAGUGAGAAUAACGUUCUGUUUAAACCAUCCGUUUCUACAAUUGUAACAGUUCUCUCGUGAGUCGAAAUUGUGCCUUGGAAAAAUGCUGGAUAUGUCAUGAAGCUGUUACAUUGAAAAAUUUGCUUUAACUUGUGAAGAUGUACAUACGAUAUUGCAGUAAAAUGUUUUUAACGAGGUGAAGUGGAACUCGGUACUGUACGCAGUGUUAUUAAUAAUAAAAAGAGACUCGAACGAAACACUCGUUUUCUAUCAUACCGAUUGUUAUCGCAAUUCUAAACUCAACACUAAUGUCACAAGAAUUUAAGGUAGUUUAAGGGCGACCUCCGACAACAUUCUAAUGGUGUACAUUGCUCUGAGCGCAUACUAGAUACGCAAGGCUAGUAUCUGCGUGCUAUGUUGCAGCUGCGGCUACUGCGAUACGUGUAAAGAUGACGGAUCGAGAUUAUGAUAUGGGCCCGGGUACAGGAAUGAUGGUAAAUGAUUUUGAUGAUGAAAGAACAUUAGACGAAGAAGAGGCUUUAGAAGGUAGUGAAGAUUCUCACAACGAGUUGUCCAACUUGCAAAAGGAAGGUGAUAUGCCACUAAAAGAUCUGCUUGCAAUGUAUGGGUACGGGGAUCCGUCGACAGAGAAUUCGAACAGUUCCGAUCGAAUGUUGAUGCCAUCUGGAAGCGGGGAUCCGGAGGUCGAGGGACAAUAUUCGGAUAAAGGUGACAAUGAUGCCGACGACGACGACGACGACGACGAAGCGGACGCGGCUAGUAACGAGCCGGAUCUUAAACAAUUUUACACCGAGAUGUUGGUAAAGGGGAAGGAUUCGACAUCGUUGGUGUCCGGAUCUACGAUGAAAGGAAACAAUGCCAGUAGCGUGGCUACUGGGGACAAUGGUAGACGGCACGGAAUCCACGACGACGACAACACCGACGACGAGGACGGUGAAGCCGAAGAAUGUUCUAUGACCGACAAUUGUAGUAACAAUGAAAACGUAGUAAGGACCGCUGCGAAAUUGGGAGGUAGUGGUACGGCUAAAUGCACCGGUAUAAGUGGGCUCGGUAGCUGUACGGCGGACGAUACCACUGUAUCCGGAAUAAUAGAGGGCAGUGGCGCGGGUGGCACGGUAGAAGGCGGAGAAGAUGGUUUGGUCAGCAGUGGUAUAGGAAGCGGUACAUCGAGAUUGCUGCGAAGCGUUUCGCGACCACAGAGCGAAGAGGAAGAGGACGACUGCGACUACAGCCCGGACGAGGAAGAAUGGAAGAAGACAAUCAUGGUUGGUAGCGAUUACCAAGCAGCUAUACCGGAAGGUUUGUGCCGUUACGACGAUGCUUUGCCUUACGAGAACGAAGACAAAAUGCUAUGGGAUCCCAGUCAUAUACCGGAAGAGGAGACCGAGGAGUUCUUGGAACGGGCACAGCUACCGGCCGUGAAAGGUGGUUCCCUACCCACAGGAUCUCACGUCAGAGACGACGAGCAGGCAUUAUAUUUAUUGCUGCAAUGCGGCUAUAAUCUCGAAGAGGCAUUGAGAAGACGGAGGAUGAACGUUGUACCACCAACGGAUGCGGUUAGCCUUUGGUCGGAAGAAGAAUGCCACAAUUUUGAGUCCGGAUUAAGGAGUUACGGAAAAGAUUUCCACCUGAUACAAAAGAACAAGGUGAGGACGCGUUCCGUUGGCGAACUAGUGCAGUUUUAUUAUCUGUGGAAGAAGACGGAACGGCAUGACAUAUUUACGUACAAGGCGCGCUUAGAAAAGAAGAAGUACGCUCUGCAUCCUGGCAUCACCAGGGACUAUAUGGACCGAUUUCUGGAGGAACAAGAGGGUGUACGGGACCGCAGCAGUUCGCCGAACGUCCACUGUUUGUUGUACGGCGAUGCGAAGCGACAGCGAUCAACUGCCAGCGUCGUAAGCAACGACGAGUCGAAAUCCGUUGAACCAUGGGACAGUACCGCGAUCGAUCCUUUGGCGGAUUUGAAUGGACCAACGCCGGCACCACCGCCACCGCCGCCACCUCCACCUCCACCACCACCGACAACCGUAGGCACGUUCGUCUCAUCCUCGGCUGCGAUUCCAAGUAUUUUGUCAACGGCCGUAUCCUGUGGCGCGUCGACUCGCCUCUCGGAGUGUUCACCGUCCGACACAGGUUGCGCUAAUCCACACGCCUGGCCAACAUUGGCGUCCCGAAGUCACUCUACCUCUUCCGUCGUGACGACGAUCACCGUCAACGCGACGACAACAACCAGCAGUACCGCCGUUCCAUCGGUUACGGCAGGGACCGCGACCGCGACCGCAACCACGAUCGGAACCGCGACCGCGACGACGGUGGUCACUAGUACGAUCGCGGCCAGUUCUGUCGUCGCUUCGGUCACUUCGAAUAAUUUUUACCACGGUCGGGUGACUUCGAGAACCAACGAUUCCCACGACUCACCCUCGCCAGAGAACAUUUUACCUCAUUUACCCCCUUAGCGUCGUACGCGACCUACGGGUUUCGAGUCUGGAAUGCGUCGAAUAUGCUGGCGCGACGCAUUCAAUUCGCCGUUCGCGACACCGCUAUCGCCGUAAUAUAUAUACAUAUAUAUAUAUAUAUAUAUAUAUACAUAAUAUUCGUUUCUAUCACGAAUUAUAUUUUUCUACUGUAUCAUAGUGUGACCAUCGAUCACGAUCACGACCGCAUUCGCGAUAGCGGAAGAAUCGCGUUCCCCGUAUCGCGACACGGUAAGCUAAAGGUAUUGAAGCUACGUCGAUUACCAGGAACAGGAAGGGAAAAAAGCAGUAGCGGGUUAAAAGUUGAAACUUAAAAUGGCACGUGGCCAUUAAAAAAUUAGCAUAACUUUUUCCAUUUUCUGCUUUCUAGUUCCCGACGAUAACUACACGUAUCGCGUUACAUUCGUAUACGAAGUUUACGAAUGGAUUAUAAAAUUAGUUUAAUUUAUUCGAGAAUCGAUUUCGCGUUUUCGGAUCUAUAAAUAUUUAAGUGUUAUCGAGAGGUGAUUCACGCGACGAAUCAUGAUCACAGAAUUGUAGCGCCGGGCGCAAAUUUGUAAGAGAUAAUCAUAACGUUGUCCUAACAACGCGUGUCCGAUUGCUGGUAUUAAGUGUACAAAAAGUCUAGUUUCGCUACGCGAUCAAUGGAGAUUCGACGAAACAGAAACUCGGUAAUCCGUUGAACAUGGUUACAUUAAAUGAAAUUCGCUGAAUA